UCUUUGUUUAUAGCCUUUCUUUCUAUUGCCCAAAAUAUAUUACUUAUAUUAUAUACAAAGAGGGAAAAUUUAGCAAAAAGUAACACAUUCCUUCGAGAUUAAAAUUAUUUAAUUUUUUCUUUAUCUGCACUCUUUACAUGAGUUGUGCAUUUUAGCUUUACGAAUACUAAUGGGAUAAAUUUUGAAGGUCAAUGUAAUAAGAUACAAGAUACUUUAAUUUCUUUGAAGUGUGUAUAUAUAUUUCUGAAGGUUUUUCAUUAUAAUAUUUAAUUUUUAUUAUAUUGGUUAGUGUAACUUUUCUAUGACUUGAAGUUCUUUUUCUCAAUUCUAUACAAGUGUUAUGAAGCAAUUAGAGUUUUAAAUUCUAAACCUAAGAUACGCUUCAAACGCAAUAUAUUGCUUUGUGAUUUGUCAGGUAGGAUGAACCAAAUACUAAUAUUCUGAAGGAAACCUUGUAUUAUUUUUAUUUUUUAUUUUUUUUAUCAAAUUUAUCACUAGACAAAGCGUCUAGCGGCCUUUUAUUAAAAAUAAAAAGAUAUUAAUAUGGAUUAGUACAAGCAAGAGGAGCUAGGCCUUACCUUACUAUUCCUAAUGAGAUAACAAGUCUCUACUAAUUAACAAGUACGAAGAAAAUAAAAACUAGAGAAAACUAAGUAUUCUAUGAUCAUCACGGAGUUUAUAACAUUAACUUUAGUGCUAGAACAUUAAAUUUAUUAUUAAGAGCUUGAGUGAUAUACCUGAGAAAUAUAAUACAUUACUCUAUUUUUUUUUAGAGUAAACAAUACAAAUCCCACAAGUUUAGGUUCUAAAUAUGUGCGUUUACAUCAAUUUAGAAAAUUACUUUCGGUACCACAUUUUUUUCGUCAGGUACAUGUAUCUCGGAUACAUGUGUGCUAAAUUUGGUAGAAUUUAUUUUAGAUACAAUGUAUCCAAGAGUGAUUCACAUGUAUCUGGAAUACAUUGACUGUCUCGCUUACCUCUCUCCUAUCUCGCUCAUCUCUCCCGCUGUAUCAGUAUUUCAAAAUGUAUCUGGUAUCAAAUAUGCAUGUUCACUCUCGCCUCUCACUAUCUCACUUGCCUCUCUCCUUCUUCAGGUCGCCUGUAUGUGUAUUUUACAAUGUAUACGGUAGUAAAGAGGGAGAGAGGAAAAAAGAGGGGAGAGAGCAAGGGGGAAAUUUGAAAGAUUGGUGUACUUGACUUGAAAUCUGGUGUAAAAUUAUUAAUUAGUGAGAUAAUAUGUAAUUAUUUUUAACUAUAGAGUGAAUUAGUAUAUAUGGUAGGAAUGUUUAUGUAAUUAGAUAUUAAUUUCUCCUUUUUAUAUUAGGUGGAUGGGUUUGGAGGUGGAAAUAAUUAAAGGAGAUACCAUCAUUAACUACUAAUAAGUAGAGUCGCUCGUUUUGGAUAAUCGAGUGAAUUUCAAGGCGGAAGGAAAAAAAAACUCUUUUUAAUGUUCUUUUAUUUUAUUUUCUCCUAGAAACUUGAUUAUAAGUAGUUCAAAAUUUAGCUCUAUGUUACGAGAACAAUCAAUUCCAGGAACUUGAAUUUUUAAUUUAAUACUAGUGUUUAAUUUUAUAUGCAUAUUCAUUUAGUGAAAAUAAACAGUUAUAAUCUUAGCGAAAACAAAUGAGGGCUUAACUUCAAAGUUGAAAUGUGGCAAUGAUUGAGUUUUCUGUAGAAAAAGGUAAAACAAAAUUCUUAGGUGUGAUUGAGAAUGGAAUAAGUUGCUCAUAUUGUUCGAGCAAAGAACAAUCAUAUUUUUUUCCCUUUUUGUCUAUUAAGACAGGAUAUAAAUAAACAUAGAGACAAAUCAUUGGAGAUCAGCAAUUCGAAGACAUAAUAAUGGAGAGCGAGUUUUCCCAUGAAAUUGAACCAGUUUUUCAGGAUUUUGAAGAUGAUGAACAAUUUGGGUCUGGAGACGGAAGUGAUGUUGAAAAUCAACCUGUCAACACUGUAAUAUUUGUUAAUGACAGGAAACUGGAUGGUAAAACUGCAUUGCGAAUUCUUCAACGUGCUGCUUUAUAUGAUAACUGGAAGAUUGCAGAACCAAUUCUAAAUAAGGAACCAAGAUUUAUUAAUUUUGAAUUUGGAGAAACCUCUGAAACAUUACUUCACGCUGCAGCAUUAGCAAAAAGUAGCGGAUUUGUGCGAGAGCUAAUUAAACUAAUGAAAGUAGGUGACUUGGAGAAAGGUGUGAAUACGGCAUUUAUGUUGGCAGCAUUGGCAGGGCACAUUGAAAUUGCUAAAGCAAUGAGAAAAAAGAAUAAGAAUCUACCAAACAUCUGUGGUAAGGAGGGAGAUUUACCAAUCUCUGUGGCAGCUCAAGUUGGGCAUAAAGCUAUGGUAUCAUACCUUUAUGAGGUCACAGAUUUUGAUGUGAUACAGCAACAAGAACUCUUAUACCUUCUUGAGAUCACUAUCCAGAAUGAAAUGUACGAGGUAGCAUUAAAUAUAUUCAACAAGGACAGACAAUUAUUUGCCACUAAAAUGUUACAAGGAAAUAUUAAUGUCUUGCACACGUUAUCUCAAAAGUCCAUAGCGAUCAGUAACGCUUCUUCUCCGGUGUGGAGAAAGUUUAUUAGCGUGGGCAGGAGGCAAUCCAUUUCAUUGCUAAAAUUGCUUCCGGAAAGAUAUGUAGUUGAGAAACAAGCUGAGACACUACUUGAGGAGCUAUGGGCAGAGUGUCUAAGAAGAGGAAGGGAUAAGCUGUUAGACUUAGUGCUAAAAGAAAACUGGGUCCAUUCUGCUGCAAAAGCAGGAAAUCUAGGGUUUUUACUUGUGGUUACUCGUGAUUUUCCUGUGCUCAUGUGGACGAACGACGAUAAAAGGCAUACCAUUCUUCACGUUGCAGUUUUAUAUCGAGAGGAAAAAGUCUUCAGUCUUAUACACCAAAUAGGAGGAAUGAAAAACAUAUUUCUUGUAGAUUUUGACAAUGAUGGCAAUAACAUUCUACAUUUGGCUGGGAAGUUAGGGGAGCCAAUAUUCAGUAAACAGAAAAGUAGUGGACAGAUGGAAGCCCUGAAAAACAAACUUGUUCAGUCUGUGCCUCCUAAUGCUGAUAAUAAUAAUAAUGCUGUAUUCGUUGAAUCACUACAACAGCUGUUUCAAGAGAUAGAAAUCAUUAGACACAUAACAGAGACACAGUCUGUUAAGGCGGAAGAGAAGAUUAUGCCGCCAUCAUUUCUUAGGGUUUCUGGAGCAGCACUUCAGAUGCAAAGAGAGAUAUUGUGGUUCAAGGAAGUGGAGAAACUUAUACCACCUUCAGGCCGCAAGAGGAGAAACAAGGAUGGGAAAACCCCUAGAGAAUUAUUCACGGAAGAACACAAGAUAUUACUAAAAGAUGGGGAAAAGUGGAUGAAAGACACCGCAAAUUCUUGUAUGAUUGCGGCAACUUUGAUUGCCACGAUGGUGUUUGCUGCUGGAUUCACUGUGCCAGGUGGUAAUAUGGAUGAUAAUGGUUUUCCAAUAUGGCUAGAAUUGAAUGGAUUUAGGAUCUUUGUUAUAUCAGAUGCAGUGGCACUAUUCAGCUCAAUCGUUUCUAUCAUUAUGUUCUUGUCCAUUCUGACAUCUCGCUAUGCUGAAGAUGACUUUCUUGUGUCAUUGCCUGCUAAGUUAUUCUUCGGACUUACAGCGUUGUUUGUUUCGAUUGUUAGCAUGCUUGUGGCGUUUACAGCAACCUUCGUUUUGAUCUAUAGAAAACAUACGGGUUGGGAGCCAAAGCUCAUUGUUGCUUGUGCUGGUGUUCCUGUGGCUUUAUUUGGGUGUUUACAGUACAAACUAUGGUUCGAUGUGGCAAAAUCAACAUAUUGGUCCAAGUUUCUUUUAAGAUCGGGAAAGCUCAAAAGACAGAACCACCUUCAUAAUUAUAAUGUUUGUGCAUGAAACUUGAGCGAAAUUCUCAUCAAUAGUUUCAGUUCUUUUCUCAAGUGCUAAUUAAAUUUGAUUUAUUAUGAAAAUAUCCUUUGGUAUAUCUUUA